AAUGAAUCAAAAAAGAAGAAAAUUUGGAAUUUUAGGACAGAGUUCGUUACUUUAGCUGCUGAAUGCAAAGCAGUUAAUAUCGGUCAAGGUUUUCCGAAUAUUGCUGCUCCUGAUUUUGUCACGAAUUUGUUAAAAAAUGUGUGCAAUCACCCAGAAGAAGUCGAUUAUCACCAAUACACUAGAGGAUUUGGACAUCCUAGAUUGGUCAAAGCCAUAUCAAAGUUGUAUACAAAAACAUUGAAAGUUGAUCUAAAUCCCGAUACGAAUGUGUUAAUCACUGUUGGCGGAUAUCUAUCGCUCUAUUACACUUUUAUGGGUUGGUUGAAUGAUGGUGAUGAAGUAAUUGUAAUUGAGCCAGCGUUUGACUGCUACAUACCUCAAAUAUUGAUGGCAGAUGGCGUCCCAUUACCAGUGCCAUUGGAGCUAUCACCCAAUCCGAAAAAUAGUUCUGAUUAUCGCUUAAAUUUGCAGUCUGUUGAAGAAAAAAUUAGUUCUCGGACUAAAAUGCUAGUACUAAACAAUCCACAUAAUCCGACUGGAAAACUUUUCACCGAAGAUGAACUCAGUGGUUUGGCUGAUAUUGCGAAACGGCAUGACUUGUUGGUCGUAUCAGACGAAGUUUAUGAGUGGCAUAUAUAUCCUGGUAAAAAAAUGAUUCGGUUUGCCAGUCUUCCCGGUAUGUUUGAAAGAACGAUUACAAUUGGCAGCGCUGGAAAAACAUUUAGUAUAACAGGUUGGAAAACAGGUUGGUCAAUUGGUCCAGCACAUUUACUUGGACCUUUGAAGCUUCUACAUCAGAACUGCGUUUUUACUUGUCCAACGCCUUUACAAGAAGCUAUUGCUCAAGCAUUAGAACUCGAAUUAGAACUGUUUUCAUCGAAUCCAGAUAAAAGCUAUUUAUUAACAGUGAUGACAUCAAAUUUGCGUGGCAAAAGAAAUCGUAUGGCUGAAAUGUUGAGAAACGCGGGAAUGAAGCCUAUAAUACCGGAAUCUGGUUAUUUUAUGUUGGCUGAUAUUUCGGACUUAGGUAAUGGGAUUAUAAAAUUGGCUACAAUACCGUCGUCAGCUUUCUAUUCAGACGAAUACAAGGCUCAAAACGACCAUUUUAUCCGUGUUUGCUUUUUUAAGGUGAACUUUUGA